CUAUACUGGCUACUUUCCAUCGUAAAUAUGACUGGUAAACAGGCACUUAAUGAAAUGUGGGAUUUCCAUUGAAGGGGAGGGGAAAAUGCUGUGCGACAUCGGCUCUGCUCAUUCGCUUUCAGAGACUCCCGCACAUCACAGCGUCUACACAACAGCAACUUCAAAACAUAUCGUUUGUCCGGUGGAGAGAGGGUAUUGUUGUGGAUAACAACGCUUAACAGCCUCUAAACCGUCCAAGGGAUUCCCGCAGUCUCUCUGAGCUGUGCUGCUGCCACUGGUCCAGUUCCUGUGCUUCCAGUGAAACCAGUGGCUGUCAGCCCAGUGAGCUGUUUGAGCUGUCUCCUGGCUGUGGAUUGCAUCAUUAUGGAACAAUAGCAGCGAGGAUCAAAACUCUCCCUCCUCCUUCUCCUCCUUCUCCUCCUCCUCCAUCGCUCCCCCUUUUCUUUUUCCUCUCGGCCUGACCCUCCACUGAAUCCCUCCCCCCUAACAAACACAUUGCCGCCCACAUACACACAUGCAAACCUCUGACCACUCCUCCCACGCUGGUCAUGGUCCACUCCCCCCUGUCUCUACAGCAAGCCAGACAGUGAGUCGGUGGACACUGCGUGUAAUCCUGUGUAAAGCAUAGGCCCUAUACGGCUGCAUAUGCUCCCUUUUGUCAUGGCUGCUGUUGUUGUUGUGGAGGCCUCCCUCAGGAGAGAGCAUGAGGGAGAACAGACGGCAGCGUAAAACUCACAAAGAGAGGAAGCGAGAGCGAGUGAGAGACACUGGCGCUGCCGUUUAUUUGACCAGAGGAGAAUGAGCUUCACAUGGAAACACGUGGAAUUCAAUGGGGGUGAGACCACAUGAUGUGGGACUGGCAUUACCACCCCACGCCAACAACACAUUGGACCAGCAGUCUACUUUGGAGAUAUUUGCCACAUAGUGGGCUGCAACAAGUAAUGCAGUGAACUAGAGAAAAGUAAACAAGACUUUGUUUUUUGUUUUUGGAUGAGGAUAUUUUUUCCUUUUUUCUGCUUCUUGGUGUUUAUUUUUAAUAUCAGCCUACCAAAAGUGCCUUUUUGCCAUUUUGAUUUUCAUCUCACUUUUUAUAGUAAUACUCCAUAUUGCCACAAGUCACCUACAUACUUUGACACUGUCACAUACAGCGUGUGUUACCCUAUUUUGGUAAAGGUACAUAGAAUAUUUGAUGUAGUGUUUGGGUGUUAACAGCCUCUACAGCAGCCUCAUUCUAAUACAGAAUUGACAAUCCUCCAUUUUUUUUCUUAUCUUUGGGAAAGUCCUAGCACAGAGAUUUGUAUUGCUGCACACCAGCAAGACUUUCCGCACUGCCACCUCCCAGCCUCCGUUACUCUUGCGACGCAAAGUUAUCGCCAUGGUUAGUAUCCACUCAAAAUGGCGCUACUUAUUCAUGUUCCUGGGCAUCCAGCUGGUGGUCAUGGCGCUGCUGUCCCGAGAGGGAUACCAGAAGCGAGUCAGCUACUUCAUCCGCAUCUUUCGCAAACCAGACACCACUGCUUUGUCAGGCCGAAACCACACGCCUGCGAGCAUCAGCAUCGGGGGUGAUGUCUAUGCCAACCUCUCCCACCUAUCCAAAGGUCAUAGCCAUGGAAGCGACAUGCCAUACUGCCCCAAGACGUCCCCUCUUAUAGGUGGGCCGAUCCACGUCAGCUUCCCGUCAGGACUCACUCUGGCAGAGGUUCAGAGAAAAAAUCCUCUGGUGGUGCGUGGAGGACGCUACAGGCCGCCCGACUGUGAGGCCAGACACAAAACAGCCAUCAUCAUUCCCCACAGACACAGAGAGCACCACCUCAAGUUCCUCCUGUACUAUCUACAUCCUUUUCUACAGCGACAACAGCUGCAUUAUGGGAUAUAUGUCAUUCACCAGGCGGGAAACUACACUUUUAAUCGGGCCAAGCUGAUGAAUAUUGGUUUUCGUGAAGCCAUGAGGGAGGAAGACUGGGACUGUCUUUUCUUCCACGAUGUUGACCUCAUCCCUGAAGACGAUCGCAACACCUACAUCUGUGACUCAAACCCCAAACACUCGGCCAUCGCCAUGGACAAGUUUGGCUACAAGCUUCCGUACAAGAUGUACUUCGGAGGAGUGUCAGCUCUGACACCACUGCACUACCUCAAAAUGAAUGGUUUUCCCAACAACUACUGGGGCUGGGGUGGAGAGGAUGACGAUAUCGGAGUCAGAGUGUCUUUGGCGGGGAUGUAUAUCACUCGUCCGUCGUUAAAGGUCGGCCGAUACAAGAUGAUAAAACACAAGCUGGACAAAGGCAACGAUGUGAACCCAAAGAGGUUCAACAUGCUGGCAAAGACACGCACCACUUGGAAGUUGGACGGGAUGAACACAGUUGAAUACGAGACAAUCUCACGGCAGUAUCUGCCGCUCUACACCAACAUCACUGUCAACAUCGGCACUGAGGCCGGCCUGCACCCUCCUUCCCCGACUCCACCUCCUCCUGCCAAAGCUGUAGGCAAACCUGCAGACAAAGCACCUGCCGAAGGCCCAGCUAAAGGCCAAGCCAAAACCCCCGCCAAACUCAAAAAAGCCCCCUCUUUAUAAAUGAUCUACCCUGACAGAUGCUAAUGAUGUUUCAGUCCGUAGAAUGGUGUUUUUUCUCCUUCGCGGCCUGAUUAUUUUUGCUCAUAUUAGCAUUUUUGUGUUGGAUUUUGGAGAAUCAACAUCAUGCUGCAUGCAGACAGAUGACUCAUGCGAGGAUAAAAACUAUAGACAUGAAUUCUUGGACCUGGAGGUGACGGCUCUCCGCCUCGGUUUCUGUUACAUCACUUAUUCUUCUUCCAGGGAGCCACGGUGAAGAGUGAAAGGUUAAAGUUGGACUCUAUGAGUUUAUGUAUCUACAGCGCUGUGGUCGCUGCUUAAACCUUAUGAUGCCUUAGAAACGUUUUUGUUCUUGUUCCUUCACUCGUUACUUUCAUUAUCUACAGCAUGCAUUUAAUGGAGCAGUAGCUGCAGAAACCAGCAGCCACACUGUGCCACAUGAUAGUCUUUUUUUUUUCUCUAUUCAACGCCAAUGAAAUCAGGAGCGAGGGACAUGUUUUUUGUUUCCAGUUGAGCGUGUGAAGCUGCUACAAAGAGUGAAGGAACUUGACAGAUUUGUCUACAACUGUUGAUAUCAUUACCGCCUCAAAAAAUGACGCACAUAUCCCGUCAAAUAUCUGGGCUGAUGUUUAUCUGUUUGAUUAGCAUAUACAAAGAUCAAGUAAAUCUUCCUGUUUUCAAAGGAUGCUGUACACGUAUUUUGCCUUUUAUCAUGUUUAGUACGAAUGAGGAUAAAAUGAAAGCAUUUUAGCUCUGUACAUGCAAAAACAAAGAGCAGAUUCCUAUGUGUAGCGCUUUCACUUCUCAGCAUAUCAGAUAUCUUGGUUUUAUUUUCAUUUUUGGGUGUUUUUGCCUUUUUCACACAGAGCAGGUUUUGGUGAUGGUGAUCAGCCUCUGCCUUCAUAUGAGCUUGUGAUUCACAUCAAAAUGGAGUCUCUUUUGGUUACUGUAUUUUUGAAAGAUUAUAUUGAUUAUGAACAGUGUGUGAUUUCUAUUUUUCUAUGUGAAUUUAUCCUUUAAGAGUGCUGGCUUGCCCCCUCAACAUCUUAAAUGCAGUUUAUCUACAUUAGUGCUUCUUUUUGUGUCUAUUGCCCCUGUUUCUCCAGUUUUAUUAACCAGAUUUUCCCACGUAGACAUAAAAAUUAGUUUAGUAGCUUUAGCCAAAAGAACAACCUUAAAAAUCGUUAUAAUCUCUACCAAGUAGAAGUGUAAGGUACUGUGCUUUUAAAACAAGCCAACCAUGUGCUUUUGCAUGCUGUUUUUUGAAAGGUUGUCUGACUUUUGCGGCAAUCUCUUGACAAACCUAGAAUGUCACAGUAAAAAAAAACAACUAAUUCUCAUGCAAGAAAUAUCAAACAUUUCUCUAACCAGCUUCACAAGUAUCAGGACUUGAUGUCUUUGUCUGAAUUGAAGCCAGCAAACAGGAAUGUUUUUGGAUUAUUAAUUGGGGAAAAGAAGCAGUUUAAAUGUCUCAUGGAUGAGCAUUCUUGACCUUGCUGCUGAAUUAAUGCUUGAUCAUUAAUUCUGAACAUCUUGGAUUGCAGAUACUGGACUAAGAGACAAAUUAUGUGAGAUUUUCCUACAAAAAUCAAGAGUAUGGCGCACCGGUAGUCGAGUGGUUAAGGCGCAUGCCAUAUACGCAGGCGACCUGGGUUCAAAUCUGGCCUGUGGCACUAUUUCCUGCAUGUCUCUCCCCGCUCUCUCCCCUGUUUCCGACUCUAUCCACUGCCCUAUCAAAAUAAAGGCAAAAAGGCCAAAAAUAAAUCUUUAAAAAAAAAAAAAAAAAUCAAGAGUAUAAUGUUGUUCAAAUAAGAUGGAAAUGAAGACAGAAUAUCCUUGGCAAAGCUUACCUGUAAACAGUCAAUUUUCUUAUUUUUGACAUAAAAUCCCUGAGUAUAAUCACCCCGACUUAAAUUUUAACCACUUCUGUUGUGUCUUUUCCACUUGCACCCGUAUACUGCAUGCCGACUCCCUCCCCUUCUUGCUGACAGAUUUGAUUGUUUACUCAUAAAAAUAAGAAUAAAAACAGUCCCUUUACCCUGUGAGUCUGGGCGUAAUGACAGAUGAAAACCAAAGAUGACUGCACUGAAAUCUGUUGAUGAAGGAUAAAUAAUGAUGUGUGUGUGAUUAUGAAUGAACUGAAUGAACCAUUAUCAUGAUUUUCUGUAUCAUUAUGGGCCUAUCGCUGCUUUUUAUAGUUAUUUUUUGUCAUGUUCUCAGUUUAAACCACAUCAUAAAAACUAUUGAAAGGGACAGGAUGCUUAUUUUUAUUAAAGCUCUUCUAGAAGUUAUUUUUAUCUUGUGAUAUUUCUCUGCUGAGUAAGAUGAGCGCUGAGAGUGGUUGCCUGUGAUUUUCAUGAAUAGAUGACUGUAUUAUUACCACUAAGGUGAAUUCAUAUUUAAAUCCUAUGGCCUUAGCAGCAAACACAAUGCUAGUAUUUACCUAAUAAAACCAUCAUAUCAGACUUUAUAUGCAUGUGCAAAACUUAUUAGUAAGGGAAUGUACCGAGCACAAAGUGGAGAUGAAACAUAUCAGUGCUCGCCAAGGAAACAUGAAACACGCUGCGGCGUCCGUGUUGUAACCUAGAAACUGUACUUUUGUGACUUUAUCUGUAUGAAGUUUUAAGAUGAGAGUUGAAUUUCUUUGAGUUGAAAUGUGUAGAAAAAUACUGAGGUCACAAUGUACAGCCUUCAUAGCUUACUGUGCUUCUCUCUGUUUGAUUUGACUCCGUUCUGAUGUGGAUGUUUAAGCUCAGCAGCAAUAGGAAACAGUCACCACAGGGUAGUACUGGAGCAACCAAGGGCAGUGUGACUUUGUGAGUUAUUUCUGCUCUCUUUAUGAAUUCUGCACAGUCCAGAGUGGCCUUACAUUCAUUAAUAAACUGAUUAUCUAAACAGAUGUGUUCAUCUUUU